AAAAUGUACGCCUAUCUCAAGUCCUUACGCAUUCAAAUCUAUAACGAAGUUAAGCAAGUGAUGUCAUAUUUUGACUUAUGCUGUUUUUUCCGACAAUUAGAUAGUGAUCGAAUCUUUUAUACCCAUCGCGGUUGUCCUAGGAAAGACUAGAAAAAGAGAAAAGAUCGAAAUUUUCAUAAUUCAUAAUAUAAAAUGGGCGUGGCGGAUUUUUUCUAUUUUCCGAAUAAAACCAGAAAUUUAUAUGGCGUGUGUGUUGCACUGUAUGAGUGACAAGCAUAAGUGUGUCCUUUGAGAAGUUUCGGUCAUUCUCACUUUCGUUUGCAAAUUUGUAGGCAUGGUCUUCAUUUUUGCGAGCGGGAGAAAAUUUGCCACAGAUGCUGCUUAGCUGGGCAGAUACACACGCUUAGGUGCGUUCCAAAUUUUAAGCUAGACAAUGUUUCAUAUACUUUAUGGAGCUUUUGAAGUCUGAGCGCUAUAAAGUUGAUUUGUAUAAGCAUAAUAUUGAAUAGGCGUGGUCAAUUUUUUCCAUAUUUGUAUUGAUGCUAUACCAUAUACAUUUGCAUGCUAUAGUUUACGAGUAAUAAGCGAAAAACCAAUUUUUCAUACAACAACAAAUAAUACAAAAAAAAACACUGAUACCGAUACCUUCGAUGGUUUUGGUCCAUUAUCAAUAUCAACCUGCGUGCAAGAACAUCUAAUGUUUUUGCCAAACUUGAAGUCGAUAGCUUGAGAAGAGAGAAUGUUUAGCAGAGGCAUUAUGCAGAUGGACAGGCGGACAUGCUUAAAUCGAUUCAGAAUUUCAUUCAGAUCAAGAAUAUAUAUGUACUUUGUGGGAGAUCUGAAAUUUCCUUCCGGGCCGAGUACACACGUUUUGACAAAAAUAAUAUCAUCGUCAUCGGUCGGUGAUGGCUAUAUAUAUAAAAAAGUAACUAAAGUAACAUCAGAUGGCGAACCACACGAAAUGAUGACAAUGAUUGCUGGACUAUCUGGAUUUAUUGUUGCGUUAAUCAUUUUAGCAAUCUUACUAUUCUUCGUAAUAUCCAAACGAUCACAUAGCCUCCAUGAAUGCCAUCGUUGCUCGGUAUCAAGUUCGGUGAUUAGCAAAAGACCUUCGGCCAGCGAUAGCGUUGACACAGAUGUACAAAGCAAACGCACAUCCAUUGAAACGAUUUAUGAGGAAAUUGGAGACGCCCCAGUACCACGUUCAGCUUCGGUAGCUAUAAUUUAUACGGGUAACCUUCAACGCAAUUUAAAUAAAGCAUUCGAAAGUAGUGAAUUAAAUUUACAAAGCUGCCUAACAAAAGGCAUUAAAGAGAAGAAACACAAAAGAACGCAUUGGCAAGAUGAAGUUGAGAAGCGUCAAGCGGAGACCGCCAUACAAAUAGAACGUUAUUGAAGUUAAGAGUGGCAAUUAUUUAUUUUAACCUAUAGAGUGUAGUAAAAUGUAUGAAAUUGAAAAGACUGAAUAUGUAAAUUA